GCAUAUAGGUCCACAGCACCGCACAGUGGGUUCAGUAGUUCUCGGGAAGUCGGACGCAUCGGUCGCAAAAUUGGAAAGCCUCGGAGGCUUCUUCGGACUAACUCAGUUAAACGGUGGUGGUUAUUCUGUUGGAAUUUAGUGAUUUUUCAUAAAAUUCUAAGCAGUGAUACUCAUUCCGUGAAGAAUUCAGUGUAAAUUGGAUAGAUCUGGCAUAAGGAUACCUGUGACUGCGUGAUUGCUAGCUGGUGUCCAAAUAGAGUCAGGAAUCAAUUUGAGCGGAAAAGAAUCGGAAAUCGACGAUACCGAACCGACAACUAAUACCAAAUAUGGACAGCCGGGAGUUUCGCCGCCGCGGUACCGAAAUGGUCGAGUACAUCUGCAACUAUCUGGAAACGUUGGAGCAGCGCCGGGUGACGCCCAGCGUGGAGCCCGGCUAUCUGCGGCAUCUGUUGCCCGGCGAAGCACCGGAAGAUCCGGAACCCUGGGAGAAGAUCAUGGAGGACGUCGAGAGUAAAAUCAUGCCCGGGGUGACACACUGGCAGCAUCCGCGAUUCCACGCGUACUUCCCGUCGGGCAAUUCGUUUCCGUCGAUUCUGGGCGACAUGCUAAGCGACGGGAUUGGGUGCAUUGGGUUCUCGUGGGCUGCCAGUCCGGCGUGCACCGAGCUGGAGACGAUCGUGCUGGAUUGGUUGGGCAAAGCAAUCGGUCUACCGGAUCACUUUCUUGCGCUGAAACCGGGCAGCAAAGGAGGCGGUGUCAUUCAGACAUCUGCCUCGGAAUGCGUCCUGGUAACGAUGCUGGCCGCCCGAGCACAGGCCAUCAAAUAUCUCAAGCAACAGCACCCUUUCGUCGAAGAAGGUCAUCUGCUGUCCAAGUUGAUGGCCUACUGCUCCAAGGAGGCCCAUAGCUGCGUGGAGAAGGCUGCUAUGAUCUGUUUCGUAAAGUUGAGGAUUUUGGAACCGGAUGAAAAUUGUUCGCUUCGGGCCGACACGCUGGUUAAGGCCAUGGAGGAGGACGAACAGCAGGGCCUGAUUCCUUUCUUCGUGUCGACUACCUUGGGCACUACGGGAUCCUGUGCUUUCGAUGAUAUCAACGAGAUCGGAGAAGCCCUGCAGCGGUUUCCGAGCGUUUGGUUACACGUGGACGCAGCGUAUGCUGGGAACUCGUUCAUCUGCCCGGAACUGAAGUAUUUGCUGAAGGGAAUCGAUUACGCCGAUUCGUUUAACACCAACCCGAACAAGUGGCUGCUGACGAACUUUGACUGUUCGACGCUAUGGGUUCGCGAUAGAAUUCGUCUGACUUCGGCUUUAGUGGUUGAUCCGCUGUAUCUGAAACAUGGAUAUUCAGACUCGGCCAUUGACUACCGCCACUGGGGCGUUCCACUGAGUCGUCGAUUCCGGUCCCUAAAGCUGUGGUUCGUUCUGCGAAGCUAUGGUAUCACCGGACUGCAGAACUACAUCCGGCAUCACAUUGACCUGGCGAAACGGUUCGAAAGGUUAGUCCUGAAGGACAAUCGCUUCGAGGUGUGCAACGACGUCAAACUGGGACUGGUGUGCUUCCGGCUGAAGGGCUCGGAUCGGAUCAAUGAGAAGCUGCUGAGCAGUAUCAACGCAUCCGGGAAGAUUCAUAUGGUACCGGCAUCGGUCAACGAGCGAUAUGUGAUUCGGUUCUGCGCCACGGCGCAGAAUGCCAUGGUGGAAGAUAUCGAUUUUGCUUGGGACGUGAUCACCGACUUCGCUGCGGAGAUCCUCGAAAAGGAGCAAGCCGACGAAGUAACGGAGAUCGUGGAUCGCCGCAAGACCCACACCCUGGCUCAGAAACGAUCAUUCUUCGUCCGUAUGGUGAGCGAUCCAAAGAUCUACAACCCGGCCAUCAACAAGGCGCAAACGCCGCGGAUUUCAACGGAAGGUACAUCCCCGUCCACCGACGGAACGGUAGUGACCGUUCAAUCGCCGAAAACACCGGGAUCCGCCUCGUGGAUCAGUUGGCCCUUGGCAUUCCUGUUUGCCAACUCCGAUGAUGGGCCCAAAAAUGAUAUGCCACUAAGAUUCCGGCACCUGGAUACCAUGGUACGGUUGUCCGCUUCUCGUCGCAACUCGGCCACCGGAGGAGGAUCGUCUCCCUCGCCCGAGGGCGAAAAUGGCAUUGUUCUGGCAAAGUCCCCCAAACGAUCGCCGCUCAUGGUACGGAGACGAGGCACAUCGCCGAGUAAUCAACCGAGCACCGGAAAUGGAUCGACUAAGUAAUUGGGGUCCAGAAGAAAACGAAGAUAGCGCAUACUAAUCUACUCAAGUCUAAAUGUGAAUGAUCUCCACCCGUUUCUUCCUCGAUCGAGAGGGUAGCUAUAUACACUCUGAGAAAUAAGGA